AAAAAGCUAUUUAUUUAUUGUUUUGGGUGAAUAUAACUUUGUUUGAAGUUAUCUUAACUUGCUUAGAGAGACUAUUUGGAACUCAUCCAAUCAGCAAGCAGGGCUGUGAGUGAGCAUGCGCAGUAGAAGCCACCACCGUUCAGUCUCCUGCUCAGGAUUGUUAGCGGUGCCAAUCGGACUGAGCCAACACAUUUUCUGGAAUUUGCCGACAAAUUUGCUAGAGAUUUCAUCGCUUGUGGAACAAUAAGAAGUGCUUGUGGCAACUGCCUUGAGGGCUCUUCACAGCUGCUUUGUCAGUGGGCCUCAGUACACUGGAGAUGCAGUGGACCUAUAAAGCUGACCAACCACAGAUCAUUCCAAAGACCUUCAUCGCUAAGGGAACCAUUGUGGGCAACGGACACGAAAACUGGGCUCUCCUGAGGCUGCUUCCAUUGAUGGACCAUGGGAAGCUAUAAACUAAGAAUCAUCAUAAAUGAAGGGGACAUACGGAAAGUGUCACUGGACAGAAAACCAGAAACGGUUGAAGAGCUGAAGAUAAAAGUCAAAGAAAAAUGCAACCUGCAGGAUGACUUCAAUCUUAUGUAUGAAGACCCUGACUUUGGUUAUUCCCUCUGCAACCUAGAUGACAUAGGAGACUUGCCAGCUACAAAAGCAACUGUGAAGGUCAUUUCAUUGGUGACACUGACACUGGUGCCUGCUUCCACCACCAGCAUUUCUGAUGCCUCAAAUGUCUCAGAUGAUACAGAGAUUCUGUCGACAUACAGCUCAUCAUCAUCAACAAGACAAGAGCAAUGGCCAGAGUUUUUUGAGAUUCCAAACUUCUCGGUUGAUGUAGAAUUCAGACUGAGACAGGCUAAUCUUCAGUUUUUACGAGACCAAACUUACCUGAAUGUACCAAGAGACAUGAAGCAUGGUAUUUUGGAGAAGCUUGCUGAAGCGAUCUACAAAUUUGAUGCCUAUCCAAAUGAAGAACGAUGCCAUUCUGUGGCAUUGGCGCUCAUAAGCAAACAUCCCUGCCUGAGGGAACCAGGCUCGCCAGAUGGGUGUUCUGGCUGGAAGAAUAGCUUGACAUACAAAAUGGGGAACUAUCGCACUAAACUGAGAAAAGCUGGAUGUGCAGAAGUUGCUAUAAAUCAGGGUAAAAAAGGCGCCCCAGGAAUGGCAUCAAAAGGCCUCAAAAGACCAAAAAGGUUUGAGGUCAAUUACUUACCAGACCUCCCUGAGGGGCAGAAUGAAGAUAGACUAGAAGUUGAAAGAAAGCUCCUGGUUGAAGAAAUGAAAAAACGGAACCCCAGUGGAACAGUCAUUGCAUCUAAGAUGGACCAGACAUUCCCACUGCGGAGACGGGAGAUUGUGGAGGCUGAACCUCCAGUGAAAACCCUGAAGGAGCGCUGGCCAGCUCUUUUUACAGAGAGACAAGUGUUUGCUGAGUUCAACAGGAUAGCCACGACAAACCUGGAGAAUGACUUUUUUGGUGCUGUUGACCGCUACACACCACGCUUUGUCACAAUCUUCAAGUCCAAGAAAGGAAGUGUUGGAGAGAAACUGGCUGAGAUUGUGCAGCAAAUUGAUUCAAGGAAACCAGAUGUGACAGCAGUGCGUACCCUUGUUCUCCAAGGCAUCCCUGUUCUGCUUGGUGAUGACCCCAGUAACUUCUACAACACCUCCUUUGAUUCUGACAGUGAUGAGGCCUGGGACCAGGUAUCUGUUGGGUUGCUGACUGUCAUCAGUGAAGAUGUGCCCCUCUCGCCAAAUCAUCUCCAUCUUGACCCAGUGUCUACUGCCAUCAUUCUUGAAGGAGGUAUUGUAAUGAACAAUCUCCAGAACCUACCUCAAGCACUUUGCCUCUUGUUUGGGUUGUCCUAUGCACUACACUUGGACUACCCUAAAGCCAUGAAAAACACAUUCAGCUUCAUUCAACGAGUGAUGCUUGGCCUGGGAGAGAACAAACUCCCCCCCAAACUUCAAACUCUUAAAAAUCUCCUGUUGAGUUAGAAUGGUAAAAAUCAAGAGUGACACUUGGCAUACAAUCUUGUUUAUAAAAGUGGGUCCAGUUGCUUUUUAUUGUUAGCUAAAUUAAGGCACUCCUUUCAUAUUGUUUUAUAUCCACUGGGUUCAUCAGCAAGUUACAUUUAGAGGCUGCAGGUGUAUGGUCAUUCAUACGUGUAUGAGAUCGGUUGCCAUAGUCAUUAUUGUACAAUAACUGGAUGUCACUUGUAAUAGUCAGCAGGUUGAUACUGUCAGCAGUUUGGUCUUUAAACUUUAUUGUUAAUACAAAAGUAAAGCAGUUUCUCAGGAUUAUGUUAAAUAAAAGGUCAGGGUUGGAAUUUUCUUUCCACAAAUGAGAAAUUUAUGUCUUUUUAUAAAGCCAAAUACAUUGGCUGCCAAUUAUUACUGGAAGAUUAUUGAAGAACAAUUUUGGUACCGAUGUAUAUUGGCAAAUAGGCAAACAUUCAAUCCAACAAAGUCCAUUGUUCACAUCCCUUGGUGUUACUUUCACUCUGUACUUUUGAAGAAUGUUUUUAUUUUUAUAUUUUAUGGUAGUGUAAUAAGCAUGUAUGCGCGUUCUGGUUCUGAGAAGAGAUAUUCUGUGGUUGGCGCUAAUACCUUGACAUUUAUCAUUUUAGUCUGAAUGUUGUCUUCAAGUGGUACUGAUCACUUAUAGUAAUGACUAACAUUUUAAUCUCCUCAAAACCAAUUAGUAUCUCUGUCAGCUGUCUAAGGUGCAGAUUUGACUGUUUUCCCUAAACAUCUCUAAUCAAGUAUAUUUCCCAAAAAUUCAUACUCCUAUAAAUAAUUCGGUAAAAAAAAGUUAACAAUAAAAUUACUUAUCAGCCAAGUCAAGAAUUCAAAAUCGUGAAAUCCUGUGCCAAAAUUUGAUUGAUUGAAAUAAAAAGGUUUAUCUUGGCCAAGCACACCAUAAUAAUUUUUAAGAUGAUGAAAUACAAUCAGUAUAAAAUUACAAAUGUCAAGGUAAUGCAUACUUUAUACCAGAUCAAAGGGUUUUAAGACUUUGAUUUUAACAUUGUAAACUAACAAUGGUUGAGGUUCAAGGAAUAAACCUGUUUCAACUAUAA